AUGAGAACUACAAUCUCUUCGUUCAGCAGCCCAGCAAUGAACGAUCUGACAGCUGCUAUCAAAGAAACCCUAGAAAAUGGCGGAGUAAUGAACGACCUGAGAGGAAAAGUGCGGGCUGAAAUAUUCAGGGCUCUGGAAGACACAACUUUAGAGCGGCCCAAACUUCCAUCAGAUAACCUUCUUAUAAACGAGUUGAUCAGAGAAUACCUCACGUUCAACAACUACCAAAACACACUGUCAGUACUGAUGCAGGAAUCCAGACAGCCUCAUCAGAAACUUGACCGGAACUUCCUUUGCUCGGAACUUCAUGUGAAGUCUACCAGUUCACCUGAUACUCCCUUGUUGUACGGUUUAGUGUCUCACUUCACUGAUCAACACUCAAAUAACUGUAAUGAUGUGAAAGAGACUGAUCUAGGUGAUGAGGAGAGCGGGGAGGAGGAGGAGGUUAAUCUCAGACAGCCCGAGGUUACGAUUAUUCGGAAGUGA